AUGAAAUAUAAAGGAGAAUGGAUAGGACCGGACUGGAACACAUUGCAAGCGUUUUCAAAAAGAAUGAAUUUCGCUCUUAAAAUAUCUUUUUUUCCUGAUCAUUCCGGAGCUGCGUUUGGACAAGGGUUAAUAAACGGAUCGUACACAGGCGUACUUGCCGAGGUGGUUAACGGCCGAGCAGACGUGGCUUUCAACAGUCGUUUUCUGAACGAUCCUAUGAUCCAAAAGCCGUAUCACUACACCAGAACUAACGGUUUGGAUUACAUAUGUUUUAUCGUGCCGAAAGCCGAAACGUUGACGAGACUGCAAAUACUGUGGAUGACUUUCACCGUUGAAGUUUGGCUGUGUGUGGCUGUCACGUAUGCGUUGAUGAUCAAGUCUUUUCAGCUUUUCAACAAAUUUAAUUUGUCUGGUGAACGAAAAAUAUCUGAUCCGUUUAUGACUAGCCUACAGAUAGUUUUGGGUAUGGGCGCAUCAAUGGUGACCAAGUUGAGCACAGAAACUAGUCACAAAGAUAUCGACACAUUGGAGGAACUCGAUAAGAGUGGAAUGGAAAUUCGAACUUCGUUACGUUAUGUUCGGGAUGCUUUGGCAUCAAAUUCACAUACGAAAUCUCUUGCAAAUAAAAUAGAUUUAGAAAAAGAUAGAGUAGGUUAUAUUACAUCAAGAUUUGUUUUUAUCGCAAGAAUCAUGAAUUUAAGUGUCUCAAAGUAUUCAAAUUUUAUUGCCCAUUUUCAACACGAAGGUGUUGCAUUACACGUAGUCAGGGAAUGCCCACUAAAAUAUUAUUUGACUUAUGCAGUUGCAACUAACUUUCCGUUUUUGGACGAGCUAAAUGAUCUUCUAACACGUUUUCAAGAAUUUGGAAUAACUUACAAGUGGAAAACAGAAAUUCAAAAGUUAGAACUAGUUUAUUAUAAGCCAUUAAAUUCCAACACAUCAAAAGGUUUAAAAGCGUAUUCAUUGAAUGAUUUAUGGUUUGCUUUUGUGUUUUUAUUUAUUGGCUAUAUAUUGUCAAUGAUUGCACUGAUGUUAGAAUUUAUUUUCAAAAAAUUUAAAACAUAA